AUGAACACCAACGAGGCACUCUCAAUAUACCAACAGUUCCACAGUCAAGGGCCCGAGGGCUUCAAAACCGCAGCCCAGCUUCUCGCAGACUAUAUCACGACAGCUACAGAUACAGGAAAUGCUAUAUACUUCGCACAAGAAGAUGUCCUAACCUUUAGCUACAAGAGCCCGGAGGCCAUGGACAAUGCCCUGCGUAUCUACGACCAAAUGGCCGACCUGCUGCCGCCCGACUUCAAGAACCAUUACGGCACAGGCGCGCGGGCAGCACAGCGCGGACUGGCCAUGUACUUCGAACAGCAGAUCCGCUCGAUAAACCCCUUCGUGAGCCCCGAGGAUGUCGGCGAGGCCGUUGUCGAGCGCGACUGGGACUUUGACGGGCCCGAGUACUCCAACGUGACGUUUAUACGCGCCGAGGUCACGGGACAGCUUGAAAAGGUGAUUCAGAAGAUAGUCAAAUUGCGGGACGAGCGCAGUGAGACGGUCAUCAAGUGGGCGGUUGAGGGUCGAGCGCAUGCGCUCGGGGUCGCAAAGGCCGGUAGGGGCCACCAAGCACACCUGCCAAUGCAUUUCUCGGGAUUGUUGAACCCGGCUGGGAUGGGACAUGGUUACAUGAGCCCAUGGUCCAAGGCAGAUUUCAUUGCCGGCUGUGUGGGAUUGAGAGGUUCUGCGAAGACCUACCUAGAAGAAUGCUCUGAAGAGAACCGGCAAGAGUUGCUAAAGAGUUGGAUAGACGGUUUGACUGAGUUCUUGCUGGAAGGCGAUCAGUCCGCCGAUGAUAAGCAUCGAAAGUUUCGCGAUGGUGACUUUCACAUCAAAUAUCAUGCAGCAGAGAAUUGGAAGGAGGCCGGUGUCAAGCAGCCCUGGAGUUGGGUUAGUCCUGUGGCUACGGCGCAGGCAUGUCUGCUGGUCGUGAUUGAGGCCGACAAGUUCGUGGGCUGCGACAUCAUUGAUAUCCUGGCCAUGGACACGGCGCAAUCUAGGGAUCUAGCAACCAAAUACUAUUCGGAUGCCAAAUUCCGAGCAGGAUAUGAGCAACGACCGCGCGUUCUGGACGACGGAGCAGGCAGAGAGAAUCCUAGGGUGGAAGCAUCAUGA